GUCGAGGGAUUAUAAUAGACUGAUAGCUUCAUUAUUUAUAGAAUGCGAGAAGCGAAGUGAAACUAGAUCUGGACUUGAAUCUACUUGAAUCUACUCGAAUAUUACCCAGUUUCAAUAAUAUUCAUCACGAUGGAGGUCAGUAAGCAGUCUGUUCACACCCUGGUGUUUCGAUCACUCAAGAGGUCACAUGACAUGUUCAUAGCUGACAAUGCCCAUCCUCCCAACAGAGAUGCUCAUGCAGAUAAGGUUAAGGUUGCCUGCAAAGUUAAAGAUCAGUACGGAAUGAUACAGAAUCUUACAGCUAGCACAGGACACCAGAGAAUAGCUGAACUAUCACACAGAGAAAUUAGAGAAGGGAGCCAGGAGUAUGAACAAGGUUAUGAGGAGAUCCCAGCUCAUAUUCAGCCUGGGCAUCCGUAUCCAAACGCUCCAGGAGUACCAUUAUCUGAGCAGAAUGCAAGACAACCCAAUCUUAGUGAGGGUGGGAUACAGCAGGUGAUGAGGGGGCUUCCACCUUCAGAAGCGCAGAUUCAAGCUUCAAGAACAGCACAUGGAGUUGAAGACAUUCAAAGGAAAGCUGGCAUUCCAGAGAGAAUACAACCCCCAGGGUCAAGGGCCUUGGUGGCAAUUUCCUCGGGAACCAAGAACUCGCAAGCCCUUGUUGCGAGAAAAGCUCCCACAAUGCCCAGACCAAAGUGGCAUCCUCCUUGGAAGUUGUACCGAGUGAUCAGCGGCCAUCUUGGAUGGGUUCGGAGCAUAGCUGUGGAACCAGGCAAUCAAUGGUUUGUCACUGGGGCAGGAGACAGGGUCAUCAAGAUCUGGGAUCUGGCGAGCGGCCAGCUGAAGCUAUCGUUGACCGGUCAUGUGAGUGCUGUACGUGGUCUUGCAGUGAGCCCUCGUCAACCCUACCUCUUCUCUUGUGGUGAGGACAAGAUGGUCAAAUGCUGGGAUCUUGAACAGAACAAGGUGAUAAGACACUACCACGGUCAUCUCAGUGCCUGCUAUGCCCUUGACCUUCAUCCGACAAUCGAUAUCCUGGCUACGUGUGGACGUGACGCUACCAUCAGAAUAUGGGACAUGCGGUCAAAAGCCUGUGUCCACACACUGACCGGUCACACCAAUACAGUGGCAUCGGUCAAGUGCCAGAGUGCAGAACCUCAGAUUGUCAGUGGUAGCCAUGAUUCAACAAUCAGGCUGUGGGACCUGGCAGCGGGCAAAUCUAGGGCGACUCUAACCAACCACAAGAAAAGCGUGAGAUCAGUAGUACUACAUCCAAAACUGUAUAUGAUGGCAUCAGCCUCUCCUGAUAACAUCAAGCAAUGGAAGUUCCCAGAAGGAAAUUUCAUGCAGAACCUAGGAGGGCACAACGCCAUCGUUAAUUGCCUGGCCGUCAACUCAGAUAAUGUUCUUGUAUCUGGAGGAGACAAUGGUUCCCUUCAUUUCUGGGACUGGAGAUCUGGUUUCAACUUCCAGCGGACCCAGGCCCCCACCCAGCCUGGGUCGCUUGACAGCGAUGCUGGGAUCUUUGCCAUGACCUUUGACCACAGCGGAAGUCGUCUGCUGACUGCAGAGGGCGACAAAACCAUCAAGAUCUACAAGGAAGAUGAAGAAGCGACGGAAGAAACACAUCCUCUAAACUGGAAGCCAGAGAUCAUGAAAAAGAAGAAAUAUUAAAGAGAAGAGGACGGGAAGUAGUUACUUCUUUGAACAGUGGUUGCUUGAGAGAAUGCUGCUUGUAGAAUUAGGCACGAAUCAGUGACCCGAAAUAUGACAUGCCGAUUGAUGCUGUCUUCAGAGUUAGGCACAAAUGAACGACAGAGAUAUGACAUGCCGAUUGAUGCUGUCAGUAGAGUUAGGCACAAACCUACAGUGACUUUGAUAUGGCAAGCCAAAUGUGUACAUCAGUUACAUUACCUGAAGUUGACAUAUAUACCGGGUAGUUGAUCAUGAUGAUUUACACUGUUAGAGCUAUCGGUCCCGUUGAAUAAAAGUUACUAUUAUAAUAACUUUGCCAUCCAAUGGUAACUACCAUGGAAACGAUGCUAAUCAGCCAAUCAGGAUCAAGGAAUUCAGGGAAGUUACCAUUGUGAGGCAAAGUUACCGUCAUAGUAACUUUUAUGAAAUAGAGCCCAGGGGCCCGUUUCUUAAAGAGUUACAGCUGUUGUAACUUUGCCAUACUGGCAACUACCAUGGCAACAGGGCUCAGCAGCCAAUCAGAAUCGAGGUUACCAUGGUAGUUGCCAUAAUAGCAAAGUUACAACAGUUGGAACUCUUCAUGAAACGGGCCCCCAGGUAUAGAAAUCUAAUUUUGAUAGGAAAUGGUUGAUUUGAUUUGAUUUAUUUUUUCAAAUUCCAUAAAGACAUGCAUCUUGAGCAAAUGAGAACAUAAUAACAAUA